ACCGUCGUUUAGCCAACGUACACAGUGAUCGCUGUUUCAAAGCGGAAGUUAAUUGUUGAGCGGAAAAAAAGCCUUUGAGUGUCCCGUCAGAAUCUGUUUUGCCGUUGGUUAGGGACACAUAGGGAUAGGCACACGGGGAACAUUUAUAAUAGUAUUACCAGGUGGAUAAAUAAUACUCUCGUAGAUCUGGGCAUCUAUUUUUUCUGGACAGUGUCUUUAGUCAAAACGUCUCACGUAUUACGAAUUAAACACAAUAAAAAAGAUUUCGCAGUUUAUUACCUUGUCGAGAACGUUGAACAAUUUUGAAGACAUUUACGAAAAGCUAGGCGUGUAUCUUGUGCUGUCCAGAGAAUACACAACUUGUGCGCGGUAUUGUUUUUCAUCGGACGUUUCAUAUCAGACCCACAGCUUGAACGUUUACAUUUCUUACAAUGGCAUUUACUGGCCAGGGACUGUCUGUCAACUUCAAGACAACAGGAGGAAUUGGGCUUUACAUCUCCCUGGUUGUAACACUGACAUCCUUCUUCACACUGACCACCGGUCAGCAACAGCCACCUCAGACGCAGAACGUGUGUAGUUCCAGGUUCGAAGCCGCUUUAGCGCCACAAUGUUUCGAGUCGUACGGGGUCAACUUCACGGGGGUCAUUUAUGUCCUCAGUGCAAACAGAUCGGGCGGGAUUCCCCCGACUUAUACCUACGAGUCUUUUCUGGAGUUUUUAUGCAGUGUUAGCAUGCAGGACAACAUUAUCCCGUGCGUGCUGGGACAGAUGCAGCAGUUCAACAGCACCCAGUGUACUGAGCAGGACCGUCUGGGCGUGCUGGGGAGGGGAGGGCAGCUACUUGCCUUCAUGGACGCCAUCUGUGGAGCGCCGUGCGAGCAAGAAGCCACUCAGUCCAUGAUUCAGUGUUAUGCUGCUAUUGACGUCAACCCGGAUGCGAUCCUGAGCCCUAACGCCUCUAUAGCGGACGACAAGUACACGAUAGUCGGGACCAAUGAGACGCAGUAUGAGAACUUCUGCAACAACCGGCAAAAACUGUUCUCCUGCCUGAGUCCCCUGACAGCCACGUGUCCUGGCCUGUUAGAGAGACUGUACACUAUAGGGGUGGACCUAGAGGCGAUGGAAGCGGCGACUGGACUGUUGUGCAAGGAUAAAGCAAAGUUUUUUGAAGGCCUGAAUUGCUUCACGACCCCAACGUCGAGUGUGACUCAGUGCCGGCAGUCCACGGAGACCAACAUGAGGGAGGUACUAGUGGGCCGCUACCAGACAGGAGCUGUGCCACCCUCCAAAUACAUGGACAAACUCUGCGAGUCAAAACUGACCCAAGUAGACUGUGAGCUGCAGGCCUUUGCCCAGUCUUGUGACCCUGACAUCUCCGAACUAAGGACCUCUGUGGAGUGCGCCAUCUUACCCAGGCCCUGCAAGGACGCACCGGCCUUUAAACAGGUUUAUAACGGUCUUUGCAAGAAGGUUACCACGCCCACCCCCGUGACCAACAGACCCACGGUACCCUCUGGCGGACCAGGCAAAGUCCCGGGAACGAGCGACGACAACGGCAGUAACCGUGAUGAUGACGACGACGAUGAUGACAGCUCUGCAUGUGCUGUGGCAAUGUCCAUGUCAGUAGUGAUUGUCUCUGUCGUCCUGAACGUCCUCUGGUGAUUGUCAGGUUGACUUACGAACUGGGAACAACAAAAACAAUGUCAAGAGCAUCAUCAUCAUCAUCAUCACCAUCAUCAUCAUCAUCAUCAUAAUCAUCAUCAU